AUGCUGAUGCGUCCGUGGGUCCUUCAUGCAUGCCAUACCGCCGCGUCAUUCCAUCUCGGCGUCCAUCGUACACAGCGUCUGCUCGAGCGCUUCUACUGGUGGAUUGGUUUGGAUCGUUCCGUGCGCUGGUGGCUUCGGGCGUGUUUGGUGUGUCAAGCUCGCAAGACUUCACGUCAGACUGCUCGGUGGCCCGUCAUCGCUAUGCCAUUGCCGCAGGGGCCUGGUACGGUCGUCGGCGUCGACUUCUUCGGACCUCUGCCAGUGACUGCCAAGGGCAACUCCAACAUUUUGUUGCUCACAGACCGUUUCAGUUGGAGAGCCGACAUGUUCGCAGUUACAGCGGCGGAAUUUACGGCGAGAGGGACGGCUCACAUCUUCGUCAACCAAUACAUGACCAAGUGGGGAUGUCCGACUUUGUUAUUGUCGGACAACGGACUGCAUUUCUGCUCGAAGCUCUCCAUGGCGAUCUACGAGGUGAUGAAGAUCAAGAAGGUCACCACCAGCUCCUCCCACCCACAGACCAACGGCGGCACGGAACGCGUCAAACACACGAUGGCCCAGAUGCUUGCGGUGGUCGUCAACGAACAGCCAAACGAUUGGGACAUACAUCUCCCGCACGUUGAGUUUGCCUACAACAAUUCCGUGAACCAGUCUACUGGAUUAGCGCCAAAAGAGAUCCACAUCGGACGCAUCCCGCGACUCCCGCUUUCAGUCUUCGAUCAUCCCACGGUAGGUGGUCAUCAAAGCUUGGCCCGCGAUCAACUCAAGUAUUGCAACCUGGCUGUCGAUCGCCAGCGCCGAGCCUACGAACUUGUCCGUGAGUACAACGCGCUGAAGAUUUCGCGAGUCGAACGCCGAAAUUCAUCCCUGCUGGACGCCAUUCGCAAGCUCCUUCAGUUUACGGUUGGCGGGUGGGUUUGGGCGUACAAUACGGCUGCUUCAGUGCGACAGGGUGUACAGAAGGACACGGACCAACAGGUGCUCAAGGCCAAAUUCGCACUUUCCUGGACGGGGCCCUACAAAGUUCUUGCGGUGGGUCCC